GCCUCGCAGCCAAUGGUAAGUUCGCCCCGGUCGGACCGACUCGCCGCCGCCGCCCCGCUCCCUCCUCCCCGGUCCCUCCUCGAGCUUGUCCUCGCCGUGCACGCGCGUGGUACCCACGGUCGUGAGGAGGAGGAGGAUGUUGCGCGUGAAGGGGAAAUGGCUGCCGAAAACAAGCCGGAAGGACUGAAGAAAGUUCGUAAUCCGGAUCGAAUGUACAGAUCAGCGGUGUGUUAUGCUGGCCAUGGUCCACCUAAGAGUAUCAGUGAUGACACAGAGAUGAACAAUGAACACGGACAUUUGAAAAUAUACCUGCCCAAGAAGCUGCUUGAAUGUCUACCAAAGUGCACCUCGCUGCCAAAGGAGAGACACCGGUGGAACACUAAUGAGGAGAUCGCAGCUUACUUGAUAACGUUUGAAAAGCAUGAAGAAUGGCUAACGACGUCCCCUAAAACCAGGCCGCAGAAUGGGUCGAUGAUAUUGUACAAUAGGAAGAAGGUGAAGUACAGGAAGGAUGGCUACUGCUGGAAGAAGAGGAAAGACGGGAAGACCACACGGGAGGAUCACAUGAAGUUGAAAGUGCAGGGAGUUGAGUGUCUAUAUGGCUGCUACGUCCACUCCUCCAUCAUCCCCACCUUCCACCGUCGGUGCUACUGGCUGCUCCAGAACCCAGACAUCGUGCUCGUCCACUACUUGAAUGUUCCAGCCAUCGAGGAUUGUGGGAAACCAUGCGGCCCGAUACUCUGCUCCAUCAACACGGACAAGAAGGAGUGGGCCAAGUGGACCAAGGAGGAGCUCAUCGGCCAGCUCAAGCCCAUGUUUCAUGGCAUCAAGUGGACUUGCAGCAACGGGAACAGCAGCUCUGGCUUCUCAGUGGAGCAGCUAGUGCAACAGAUUCUGGACAGCCACCAAACUAAGCCACCUCCCCGGACUCACAACUGCCUCUGCACGGGCACCCUGGGUGCCGGGAGCAGUGUGCACCACAAAUGCAACAGCGCCAAACACCGCAUCAUCUCCCCGAAAGUGGACCCCCGCUCGGGGGGCUACAGCAGCGCCCACUCCGAGGUGCAGAACAAUGACGUGUCGGAGGGGAAGACCGAGCACAGCGGCCACGGCGGGGGCAAAAGCUCCGGGGGCGGCGGCGGGGGCAGUGCCAGGGAGAAGCGCAACGGCAAAGUCCACAAGCCCGUCCUGCUGCACCAGAACAGCACAGAGGUGUCGUCCACCAACCAGGUGGAGGUCCCGGACACCACGCAGAACUCCCCCGUCUCCAUCAGCAGCGGCCUCAACAGCGACCCGGACAUGGCCGACAGCCCCGCGGUGACGGGGAUGAGCCACGUGGCCUCCGUCAUGUCCGGCCUGUCCCAGAGCGUCUUCAUGUCCGAGGUCACCGGGGAUCCCGUCUACAGCAUGUCUCCCACCGGGGGUCCCAACACUCACCUGAUGGGGGCCGAUGCCGCCUCACAGGGCCUGGUGCUGUCCGAUCGCCACAAGUUCGCAUUCCCCAGCGCAGGAGUCGGGGAAGCGGGGAGCACCGCGGCGGGAGACAGCCUGUCCAUGAUGUCGGCGGCCGGCGUGUCGGAGGAGCUGGUGCUCUCCAGCAGUCUGGACUCUGGAAGCAUCAAGAUCCCAGAGACCAAUAUGAACUUUGACCCCGACUGCUUCCUGAACAACCCCAAACAGGGCCAGACCUACGGAGGCAGCGCGAUGAAGACGGAGGGCAACUCCUCCUCAGCCUCAUCUUCCUCUGGUGGCAGCGGCAACACCAACGGCGGUCUGCAGCGCUCCCCCAACAUGGCGGACAACGGCUACACCUUCAACUCAGCUUUGGUGAAGAACAUCAAGACGGAGGACACGUCGUUUGAGCAGCAGCUGGCCACGGAGAGUGGCUACCAGGUGGGGGCAGUAGUGAACUGUGGCAGUGGGGUGUCUGUGGCCCCUGCUGCUGGUCCAGGUCAGGGCAGCCUCUCCCUGGGCACAGCAGGCUCCCUGCUGCCCUCUGGUGGGGGUCUCAGUCCCAGCACCACCCUGGAGCAGAUGGAUUUCAGUGCCAUCGAUGCCAAGCAGGAGUAUACGUCCAACACGAACACCGUGAGCUACGCUCAGGCCAUGUCCAGUCCUCACAUGCAGCACCAGAACCGCUCACCCAGCUUCUUCCUCCAGGACGCCUCUCAGCCCGGCCAGGGCCAGCAGGGGAGGCCCGGCAUGGGCCAGAAGACCCACAUGAUGGAGCACAACUCCCACGACUCUGGAGCUUACAUGGGGCUGCAGGUGGUGAAGACGGACUCGCCCGGCAGCAACGGACACCUGCACCACCACCACCAGGGCCACCAGACCCAGCACAGGGCCAACUGUAACGGAGGCUCGCCCACAGAGGGUCCGGGCCAGGCUGGCUCUCUGCAGCUGCUCCAGUACCAGGGCACCUUUCCCGGGCUUGGGGCUGAGCACGAGGAGGUGGUGGGUCUAGAGCAACCGGGCAGUGUGAGUUCGGCCCAAGCUGGAGCGGCUGAGAACGGAGCUGAGAAUCUACUGAAGCCAGGGGACCACAUCCAGGCCUGCGGGGCAGGGAAUGGAGAGGGAGGGGGCGCAGAGCACUACCUGCAGCAGGCUUCGGACGGCGGCGGCGGCGGAGGGAACGUCGGUGCAGGAGAAGUAGCGAUUCACAAUGGAAACAACAACAACGACGGCAGCAACCGCCCGCAGCAGCAGCAGCAGCAGCAGCAGCAGCUGCAGCCUCUCCUCCAGGGCGCCAGCAUGGUCCAGGGACUCUACAACGCCGUCGGCGGCCACCAGGGCCUCGGCGGAGGGGCCAGCAACGGAGGAGCAGGGGGGACGGGUAUGGAGAUCAGUUUGGAUCACUUUGACAUCUCCUUUGGGAACCAGUUCUCCGACCUCAUCAACGACUUCAUCUCGGUGGACGGCAGCGGAGCCGCCAUGUCAGCUGGAGGGGCGUUGUACGCUCACCAGCUCGUCGCAUCGCACGGCUCCGACGGUCAGAACGCGGCCGGCGGGCCCCCGCAGCAGGGCCAGGAGGACGGAGGGGCCAGGGGCUCCGGCUACGGCAGCUCGGAGCUCUGCCUUCAACCCUGCUGCAGUCCCCAGUCUCUGAGCGGAGGAGCCGGAGCAGCAGGGAACGCCGGAGACGCAGGAUCGUUGUCCUACAUGAAUGUAGCGGAGGUGGUGUCUGCGGCCGUGGCCCAGGGGGCUCUGGGGAUGCUUCAGGCCACGGGCCGGCUCUUCAUGGUCACUGACUACUCUCCUGAGUGGUCCUACCCUGAGGGCGGAGUUAAGGUGCUGAUCACCGGGCCCUGGCAGGAGGCCAGCUCCAACUACAGCUGCCUGUUCGACCAGAUCUCCGUCCCGGCUUCUCUCAUCCAGCCCGGGGUGCUGCGCUGCUACUGCCCAGCUCACGACACGGGUCUGGUGACGCUUCAGGUCGCCGCCAGUAACCAGAUCAUCUCCAGCUCGGUGGUGUUCGAGUACAAGGCCCGAGCUCUGCCGUCCCUGCCGUCAUCUCAGCACGACUGGCUCUCGCUGGAUGAUAACCAGUUCAGAAUGUCUAUCCUGGAGCGCUUGGAGCAGAUGGAGAGGAGGAUGGCGGAGAUGGCCAGCCACCAGCAGCCGGGCGGCGCAGGGAGUGGCGGAGCUGGGGGAGGGACAGGGGGGGCCGGGGGAGGGGGAGGAGGAGGAGGGGGAGGCACCAACAGCCAGUCACAGUGUGUGUCCGGCCAGAUGCAGGCGGGCAGCUCCUUCGAGAGCCGCGUCGUCGUGGUCUGUGAGAAGAUGAUGAGCAGAGCCUGCUGGGCCAAGUCCAAACACCUAAUCCACUCCAAGACCUUCCGAGGCAUGACGCUGCUUCACCUGGCGGCGGGCCAGGGCUACGCCACCCUCAUCCAGACGCUCAUCAAGUGGCGCACUAAACAUGCGGACAGUAUUGAUUUAGAGUUGGAAGUGGACCCGCUGAACGUGGAUCACUUCUCCUGCACGCCGCUGAUGUGGGCGUGUGCCCUGGGUCACCUGGAGGCGGCGGUGGUCUUGUACAAGUGGGACCGCCGUGCCCUCGCCAUCCCCGACUCUCUCGGCCGCCUGCCGCUGUCCAUCGCCCGCUCGCGCGGCCACACCAAACUGGCUGAAUGUCUGGAGCAGCUGCAGAGGGAAGAGCAGCAGACGCCGGCACCUCUUCCGCCCACGAGUCGCAUGUCUUUCUCCCCGGGCCCCGAGGCCCCCACCGCUGACAGCUGGAUGGUCAGCUGGGCAAACGACGGUGUCGUCGCACCCGGCAGCAAGAAGGGCGGCGCUGCGACCAGCACGGCCGCGUCAGGCACUGCCGGCCUCAAUCCAGACCUGAGAAGACCCAGGUCCGAGCCGUCCAACUACUACAGCGGCGAGGGCCAAAGAGACCUCCCACUGGCUAAAAAACAUAAACCCAACCACCCAGAACUCUCUCAGACGAGGCCCGACAAGGCCGUGUCCGUCCCCCUGAGCCUGGAGCAGCAGCAGCUCCACAGACCCAGCCCCAAGAGCCUGUCGUCGGAGGGCCUGAGCUCGGACAAGGGCCUGUCCACGGCCGGCUGCGCGGGGACAGUCAGGUGGACCUCGAGGGAGGGGGGAUUCGCCAGCGGCGGCGGCGGCCUGGGAAGGAAGGCGCCCGGGGUCGGCGGAGGCAGCGGCUUGGGGAAGGAGAAACUGGUCAACCGGUUGCGUCAGCGGGAACAGCUCGGCAUGCUCGUGAUGGCCGACAGAGAGAUGGCGGACGCAGAGCUGCUGUCGUAUCGGGAGGAUCUGGAGAACCAGGACUGUCUCACUCAGAUGGACGACCUGCAGGUGAACAUGAUGACGCUGGCUGAGCACAUCAUCGAGGCGACGCCAGAGAGGAUCAAGAGGGAGAACUUCACGCCUGCGGACUCGGUGCCCUUGGACACGUCGGGGGUCAGCAACACCAUGAACUGGCUGGCCAACUACCUGGGAGAUGUGGAACAGCUGCCGAGCAUCAUACACUUGCGAUCUCUCUACAACGAGCCCCUCACCCCGUCGUCCAACCCCAGCCUCAGUCCUGGCGGGUCUCCGCUGAGGGAGGCGCCCCUGGACAGGUCCGCGCUGCCGUCCCCGGCCGACUGGAGCGAGUUCAUCGGCGCCUCCAACAGCAAAGUGGAGCGAGACCUGGCCCAGCUGACUCUGUCAGACCCCGAGCAGAGAGAGCUGUACGAGGCCGCCCGCCUCGUCCAAACUGCCUUCCGCAAGUACAAGGGCCGGCCGCUCCGAGAGCAACAGGAAGUGGCUGCCGCCGUUAUUCAACGUUGUUACAAGAAAUACAAACAGCUAACAUGGAUAGCCUUGAAGUACGCACUUUAUAAGAAGAUGACGCAGGCCGCCAUCCUUAUCCAGAGUAAAUUUCGCAGCUACCAUGAGCAGAAGAAGUUCCAGCAGAGCCGGAGGGCGGCCGUGCUCAUUCAGCAAUACUACCGCAGCUACAAGGAGUUCGGACGGCUGAAGCCCCACCGGCGCGGGGCGGCCGCUGCCCUGGUGCAGCACAAACUCAGAGGGAGUCUGCUCACGAAGAGGCAGGACCAGGCUGCCAGGAAGAUCAUGAGGUUCCUCCGUCGCUGCCGCCACAGCCCCUUGAUGGACCAUAGACUGUUCAAGCGGGUGAGUGCAGCCUCAGCGACUCAGGUGAGAGAAUUGAAAAGGGCCAGGGAACAUGAGACCCCUCAGACGAGCCCCCUCGCGAUGUGACAUCCCCCUCCUGACUCCUCCUCCUCCUCCUCUUCUCUCUUUUCGUUUGUACCCGAGACAUUUUACGAGAUGAAAUGGAAGAAAAAACAGAAAAAACACAUGAGUGCAGACACUGCGAUGAUGACGACUCCUGGUCCAACGUCUGUCGUCGUUCACGUAUCUUUUCUUUCCACUGACUUGAUUUUGCUCAGAGAGUGACGACUUCUACGGGAUUAUAAACUUCAAGGGUCGGGGGUGUGGGGGUGUGGGGGGACGGGGGGCAGGGGGGUGCAGAACAUUUGCUUCAUGACAUUUUUUGCACUUUUUUCGUGGAUUGCUUUGUCUGUUUUGGGAUAAUGAAGAUGUUUUGGACGAUGGAGGAAGCGAACACGGGACGCGUGUGUGAGGAGGCGUCGUCCCACACGUGAACCCCGGCUGCUGCAGAAGAUCUCAGAGGACGGGCGACGCCGCGCAGAAACACUCUGGGCUCCAAUUGUCUUUCAUAAUUUUUUAAGUGACCAAUCAAUUCAUUUUUUUUUACCAGAUGUAUUGGUAUCCCCACGCGCCCACUUCUGACCACCGCUGUAGAUGAUAUCAUAUUCAUCGGUUCCUCUGCCCCCACCCGUCUGCCCACAUGGGCGGAGCUACACAUGAAUGUAGUCGGGGGGUUCAACCGCGCACAUGCGGAUGGGGAAUGAAAUAUUUUAUUUUGCCUUUUCUUUAAAGAAAAAAACCAACAACUAUGCUUUAUGGUAUAAAUUGUCACUUUAUUACUUGAAUUUGUUCCAUGCUGUCCACUGUAUUUCUUCCAUCAUGUCUAAUGUAUUGAUGAUCUGUAUCUUCAGACUCUAUGUUGUUGAAUCCUUCCAAGAAAGAAAAAAAUGCAUGAAUGAAUUCUUGGCGAGGACAAAGUCUUUGCUUGUGCGCUUACGGUCGAGUCUUUCAGCCUGUCCUAUGAUUUUAGUUCUCUCCGCUUCCACCCGAGCGGUGCACACGUCCCAUCUUCUCCUCGUGAGUUCCACCAUCUCAGUUACCAAGCUUUUCCCUGUAUUGUCCAUUUUUUGCUCAGCAGAUUGCUCCUCUGAAACCCAACGAUGAGAAGAAGAACUUUGCCUAUUUUGUGUUGUAACGGUUUAUGGUCAUGCAGGUUAUUACUGUUCUUUUUAAACGAACUUCGGAGCCUGCGAAGGCUUUUGAGGGGAAGAUCACAUACAUUGCCUUGACGUCUUAGAGAUUCUUGAGGGGGUCCCUGAGCUUGUCCCAAAAUAGGGGUUUGACAAAUCCAUAUUUUUGACAAUUGAGCGAUUUCUGUACAUAUAAAGAAAGGCUGAAAGUACGUAGGAAAAAAAAAACAUUUACCCAAAAGGGAUUGUAUUUUAGAGAUAUAUUAUUUUAUUCAUUAAAAAUGGGUCAAAAACAGGUACGAGACAAAAACAGAA